AUGCAUACAUAUGAUAUUACUCCAGAUAUAUUAACUCCAAGGUUUUUGGAGGCAUGUAGAAGAGAAGGAAUUCAUGAGAACGAAUUAAUUAAAAAGUCUAAGGCUCAAGUUACAUAAAUGGUAAAAUCAAAAGAUGCAUCACUUACUGAUGAAUUUAUAUGUGAAAUUGAAAAACAUUUGGAGGAUAAAAGGAAACAAAAGAUCGAUUUGGUAAGAGCAUAGAGAUAGAAAAUACUUUAAGAAAAUGGAACAAGAAGUAAAAGCACGCAUAAUUAAUCCUAAUUAAAUUUUAGUUCAAUAAGUUAUGCAGAAAAAUAAUCAAAAUUAUUAGAAAAUAUUAAGAGAAGACAACAGAUAGAAAUAGAUAAAAUGAUUGAGUAAGAAUAACUCAAAGAAUAGCAAGAAAAAGAUAUGCAAUUUAAAUUGCUUAAAUAGCAAUAAAAAGAGUAACAGUUUUAAGAAGAAUUAAAAAGGAAGAGAGAGUAUAAUGAAAUGAAAAAAUAGUAAUUGGAAAUGGAAAAGCUGAAAAAAGAAUAAAAAGAGAAGUAGAUAUAAGACUAAAAGCUAAAGGAAAAUGAAGUUAAGGAGCAAAAAAGAAAAUAAAGAGAAAUUGAAAAUUUAUUAAGAACAAAAUUGGAGGCAGAAUUCAAAGAGAAGGAUAGAAAACAGAAGUAGGAUUCAAUUUUAAGGGAGUAGGAACAAUUUUAGUUUGAAUAAUAGAAAUUAUAGGAAUAAAAGAAAUUGCAAAUAGAAGAUAAGGAGAGAAAGAGAUUGUAAUUAAUUGAAUUCAAGAAUGAAGAGAGGAAGAAAUUUGCAGAUAUGGAGAGAAAGGAAUUCGAGUAAAAAUUGGAGAAAGUCAGAAAAUAUAAUGAAGAAAUAAUGGAAAGAAAGAGACUGGAUUACUUAAAAAGGGAGGCUUAGGUAGAAGCGAAAAGAAAGGACUUUGAAUAGUUCUUAGAUUAUGUGAAGUAACAGAAGUAAAAAUAAAAUGUUGAUAAGUAAUAGCAAAUAAAUAAGAUUAUGUAAUUGAAUUUCACUAAAGAGGAGGAGAAGAGAAAAAAAUAUGAGAUUAAGUAAUAGGAAUAUUUCAAAAAGAAGGAGUUGAUGGAUGAGUUUUAAAGGUAAUAGAUGGAAGAAAAGAUCAGAAAGUAUGAGGAGAAGGAAAAGAAGAUAAAGCUAAUAUUAUUUAAUAAUGAAUUCAUGCAAGAGCAAUAGAGGAAUGAGUUGCAAUAAAAACUGAAUAGAACUCAAGAGAAGUUGGGCAGUUUGAAUAGCAAGAAGGAUUUGGAGAAUAAGUACAGAACUACGUAAUAAAUAAUAAAGGAGAUUGAUACUGAGGAUAAUCUUAGGAGAAUGGAAUAGUUGAAUGGAUAUAGGAGAGUGAAAUUGGAGCAGAAGAUGACAAAGGAGGAGGAGAAGUGUUAAUAGAUGAAAAAGGAUAGGGAGCAGGUUGGCAAAUUGGCAGACUAAAUAAGGAAGGAAGCAGAGGAGAAGAGGAAAUUGUUUAUGUUGGAUUAUGAGAAGAGAAAGCGGAUGCAAUCUGAUGGAUUUCGAAAGAUGAAUUCAUCAAUGGGAUAAUGA